GCUCGGCCUUGCCGGGAUUCCUGGCGCCGUGCCUUGUCUCACUGACCCCUCCGGCUUGCCCUGUCCCCGCCGCCUCCUGCUUGUCCCGGCCGACCACCCUAGCGCUGCCGCCUGUAACGGGGCGGGCGGCCCGAGCCCGGCCGGCCGGGGGGCUGCAGGUGUCACCCCGGCGGUGCCCGGUGCCCCCGGGCGCGGCUCGGGGCAUUGUGGGAGCGCCGUGGGGGAGCCGUAACCGCCCGGGGCCGCCGGGCAGCCGCGCGGGCCAGGCUGCCGGGGCUGCGGCCGCAGCGCUGCCCGGCUCUCGGCGGGGCUCUCCCUCUAGCGCAGCUCCGAGCCGGUGUGUGGGGCGGCCGAGAGGACGUGGAGCAUGUUGCAGAUCGGAGCUGCAAGACUUAACACCAGGCCAGUGUUUGGGGGUGUAAGAUCUCGCAUUGGGAUCCAGCCAAAUCUUCUGAAUAGAUCAUCACCAACUGUGAGCUUCCAGCAGACUUUUGAUGCCCGGCAGAAGAUCGGACUCACUGACGCCCGGCACAAGCUGGGGGUCAAAGAUGCCCGAGAGAAACUGGUUCAAAAGGAUGCUCGCUUCAGGAUCAAAGGGAAGGUGCAGGAUGCUCGAGAGAUGUUGAAUUCCCGUAAGCAGCAAAGUGUUGCUGCUGAAAAGGUGACCAAAGUGGUGGAUGCCAGAGAGAAGAUCAGCUUAAAAAGGAGCACUCCAGCUGUUAUCAGCCCGGCUAUGGGGACAGUCAAUCCAGCCAUGAAAAUCACCAAAACUAUCCAACAGAAGGCUCCAGUUCCUGGACACUCUCAUCCAGCAGGAAUGAGGAUCAAUGUGGUGAACAACCAUACACAUAAACAGGGUCUGUAUGACACAGAGGAUGAUGAUGAAAGUGUCUCUCCCCUUCCUAGCAAACAGAUGAAAAUCACCACCACAAACAGUUUCCUGCACAACUCGACUGGUCUGAGCAGCAAUAAAUUCUCUCUGUCCAAGACUGUUCCCCUGACUAAAGUGGUCCAGAACGAUACAUACACAGCUCCACCUGCAACUCCCCCUCCUGUGCGGACAAAGGCCUUGGCAAACAUGUCCCGGACCUUAGUGACAAAGGAAGUGCCUCCAAAAGAGCCAGCACCAGUUGAGCUGGCUUUCAGUCCUUUGGAAGGCACAAAGAUGACCGUAAAUAAUCUGCAUCCUCGAGUCACAGAAGAAGAUAUUGUUGAGUUAUUCUGUGUGUGUGGCGCUCUGAAGCGAGCCCGGCUGGUGCACCCUGGCGUGGCUGAGGUAGUGUUUGUGAAGAAAGAAGAUGCUAUCACAGCAUAUAAGAAAUACAACAACAGGUGUUUAGAUGGUCAACCAAUGAAAUGCAAUCUUCAUAUGAAUGGAAAUGUCAUCACCUCAGACCAGCCUAUAUUGCUCCGAUUGAGUGAUACCCCUUCAGUGAAGAAGGAAGGGGAACCACGCCGGUCAAGUGCAAGCGCCUCCUCAAAUCCCCCAGCUGAAGUGGACCCUGAAACUAUCUUGAAGGCACUCUUCAAAUCCUCAGGGGUCUCUGCAUCUGUGCAGCCCACAGAAUUCAAAAUUAAACUCUGAGAGGGGGGAGCAAGCAGUGGACUGGAAAACUCAUAUAAGCUGGGGGAUGAGGAAAGUGCAGGAGUGCAGAUGUUAUUUGCAUUUGCCUGUCCUGAAAUUUUUUGUUUUCUAUGAUCGCUACCUUACUGUACAAUAGUGUUUCCUCUUGUGUGUGUACUUUCUGUUUUCAUAGUUGGAGUUUUCUUCCAUGAUUUUUUUCCCAAGAGAAUAACCUUCUCCUUCUGCCAGUAAUGUAUUACCAAGCAUAUACCAUGUAACUCCAUCCUUUACUCCAAAGCCCCCAGUGGCCAUUAAAAGUGCACAUAGACUUUGAGGGAA